AUGGGUCGUUCACCUUCCCGCUCCAGUGAUGGCGCUGGGUCCGCUCGCGUAGAACCACUCCUUCUCAAUGCGAUUGAAAAAGAGCGCCAUGGAGAAGUUAUCGCGAUCAUCGAAGAGGCCAAGGCCAAGGCGCAACCCAUCGAGCACCUGCUGCGCAUUGGACUGAUGCGUGCCGUGGAACGAACGGACGUAGAAAUCGCCGAAUACAUGCUGGCAAAUGGAGCGAAGCCUGACGGUGCGCCGGGAGGCAGGAUGUCACCUGUGCUCAAGGCCGUCGAAAGGAACCACCCAAAGCUUGUACAACUGCUGCUCAGGUUCGGCGCAAACGUAGAUGCACAAGACAAGCAAGGGCGCACUGCGCUCAUGACUGCCGCGUGGAAGAACAACUUCCACAUCAUGGACGUACUCCUCAAAGGCGGUGCAGACGUGAACAAGAAGGACAACAACGGCCGACACAUCUUACACAACCUGGCGGCGGACAAGGACUGUAACUGGGGAUCGAACGUGAUUGAGCUACUCCUACACCAGAAUAUCGCACUCGAUGGACCGCAAGGUCAGGAUGAGAGCAAAAGAACCCCCCUUCAUUGGGCUGCAAGCACAGGCAAGCGGGAACUGUGUGAGAUGCUCUUGAGACGAGCGAUGCCACCAAGAUCCAACGUGAACGCCGAAGAAGGGAGGGGGAAAGCGCCCAUCCAUCUCGCAAUUGCACAUGGGCGGGACGAUAUUGUCGAGACGCUUCUAGCACACGGCGCAGAUGUUAUGGCACGGAGCGAUGGCAGUUGGACGCCGCUACACAAUACGUGCGAACAGGGAACCGUUAGAGUGAUCAGAAUCCUUCUGAGUGCUGGAGCCGACGUAAAUGCCCGCCUGUUGAACGGCAUGACGCCUUUACACGUUGCUGCGCAAGCUGGACAUCUGGAGGUUGUCCAAUGCCUUUUGGAACGGAAGGACAUCAAGCGCACUGCGAGAGAUUCCUUUGGCAUCACUCCGUUCCUGCGCGCCGCGCAAAACAAGAGGCGGGAUAUCGUCAACCUGUUAGCCCCUUCGAACAACGUAGAGACGCUCGGUGAAGACGCCCUGGGUGCCUGCAAUGGCUUCGACGCGACCAUUGUCGACUUUGGAAACUUCCACAACGACAACAAAGUCACAAGACGGACGGUAUACGAAGUCCUCUACGGUCGAGAUGCUAUCAACCCAAGAAAACCCGCUGUGACGAUACUGCCAAAGGAGUCCAAGGCUACAAAUUUCCGAUGGAUACACCUUCCCGCGAACAACAUGGCUUGGGUCGAGGCUUUGUUGACAAAGGCGUUUAUUGAAGAAGGUGCCAACGAUGAUGAAGGUUUCAGAGCGCUCGAAAGAUCGUUCACGCACCAACAUCGCGGCCAGCAAGUACACUCACACUUCAUGCGGCCUCUCUGUCAGGGUACCCCACGCGCGCCCAGAAAUCAAGACGAGUCCGAUCUGUCUGACAGCGCAGAACAUGGUCCACCACAGAUAGUUGUCAACAACGGUCUAGGAUUGAGCAUUGAUUCUAUAACGGGUGCGCAAGAGUCGCCGCUACCUCAGUUCCCACGUGUGCCUGUUCGAACAGGCACCGUAAGCACGGACCAAACGGAUUGGACAGCGGGAUCUGCUACUGCUUCAGGCAGCGCCACUGGAAAGGAAGGCAAAGGAAAGCAGAGAGACAAGGCAAAGAAGAUGCAGAAGUGGAAUGGGUCCAAACAGGCCAGCGCACGAUCAGGCGGUAUCGAAACACCUACCAAGCCACCGGACCAUCAGACGAGACGCAAGCAGAGUAUGCCAAUGACAGACAGUGGCCGCCUCCGGUCGCCAGGCAGUCCUGGUAGGAAAGAUCCCACUGCUGUUGCAAAAGGCAAUAUUUUCACUUUCAUGCCCUAUCUGCAUUUUGAGACAGAUAGAAAGAGACAGGAGAUGCAUGAUGCUAUCACACGAGUAAAGGAGCGUAGCAAACAAGAUGCUCACAUUGCGCCCAAACCGCUACGGCGAGCGUCAACCUACGAUGAGAUGCUACUGCGUGCUCAUUUAGCAUCUUCACAAACCUCACUCCACGUUCGUCGAACCUUGGACCAGUUCUUCUACCACAACAUCGACACGCAAUCACGAGAUAGAGAUCAGGUUGUGUUCAGAUAUCAGUGCAAGUCCUCGAACAGCAAGUUUGUUGAUCCAAAAAUCUUCAUGGUCGAUCAGCUCUGGAUGUGGGUAUUGGGCAAGGACCUGAUCGUGACUGCUUUCCCUCAACGAUGGCAGCAGCCUAGAAACGACCCCUUGAAUGUCCUCGACGGUAUCAUCGAGAGGCUCAACAGUAAGACCCAGGAGCCCGUACGCAAUGUGUACGAUUUAGCUAUGGUCAUCACAGGGCGAUGUAGCGGCGUUUUCGAUCGGCACCGCGUGGGUGACGAAGAGUUCCAGUUCUUAGACAUGUUCGAAAGCAGCAUCGGCGAUGCUACAGAGAUGGAAACAAUGCUCUUCAAAGAGUUCAACACUGCCUCGGCUCAAGCGUCAGCCUGGUUACAACAUCACAGACGAGCGAGUCGCUUCUCGCGUCAUCUCGAAGCGGAAGGCAGGCAGCGUGAGCAUCACAACCGCCGCCAUUUGCCACAUCACUCCCAUACACAUGCGCUCGCCGAUCCGCCAAUCAAGGAAGAGCAUUUCGGCUACGACGAUGACUCGUCGCUCGCUAACGCCCCCCUUUUUGUCGACAAGCUUCUGGAUAUCGGCGCUGAGACAGAUCUCUUAGCGGAGACCAAAGACAUUCGCGACGAGCUCAACAUGAUCGCUAAGGUUCUGGAAGAUCAGCGCUCUGUGAUUCCCGAUCUUGAAGUAGCCAUCACCGAUAUCUAUUUUGAGGAACACAAGGCCCAUCGGGACUUGAAACGACGCUUCAAAGAACAGCUCAAGACAGUCGACACUCAUCUGAAAGAUUUGGAGCGGAUGGACAAGCAAGCAGAACGCAUCUACAAGUCCAUUACUGAUCUGCUCGAUCUCAAACAGAAGCAUGCCAACGCGUUUGAAGCCCGCUUUGCACGUGACCAAGCUGCCGGUACUGCUCGUCAAAGUCAGACGAUAAUGGUGUUCACUAUCGUGACUAUAAUAUUCUUGCCACUGAGCUUCAUCGCGGGUUUGUUCACCAUCAACAUCAAAGAGUUUCCACAUCGAGAGGGCGGCGACGAACCGAGUCUGCCAAUGUCUUUCGUAUUCAAAUACAUGUUCGGCAUUGGGUUUGCCAUCUCGAUCCCGUUCAUAGCCAUCGCACUCUCCUUUGACGCUAUUGGAGACUUUUUUCGCGAAGUCAGACGCAGAUGGCGAGACGGGAGGACGAGUACUAUACAUACACAUCACGGCGGGCAGAGCACUGCAGUCAAAGACGAGAAGAUGGGCAUCGAGUAUGCGGUCGACAUGCGUGCUCUUGAGCAAGCACUUAGUGCCGGACGUAGUAGUAUGGUGCAGGCCAACGGGCGACGCAGUAUCGAGAGCUACUUGGGUAAUGGCUGCGGUUACGGCGUUGGAACGACUCUGCGCACCGCUGCGAGUCGCAGUACGGGGGGCAAAGACGCAGUGCACAUCACCACUCACGGAAAUGGUAUGACGACGGUGGGUGGCAGACUGAGUGCGGAUGUUCGACCGAGCCCUGUAGACAGGAUCAGCACAGGCUUCCGGAUGAGGGGCAGUACGGAUAUUGAACGUGGUUAG